AUGGCAAGCCGAGCGCUCACUCCCUUCCAGCUCACCGCCACCCUCUUGGUGGCGCUCCUCGCCACAUGCCACGCCGGCAGCAUCGCCGUGUACUGGGGCCAGAACGACGGCGAGGCGUCGCUGGCCGAAACGUGCGCGUCCGGAAACUACGAGUUCAUCAUCCUCGCUUUCCUCCCCAAGUUCGGCAAGGGCCAGACGCCGGAGCUGAACCUUGCCAGCCACUGCGACCCUUCUUCGGGUGGUUGUAGAAGCCAGAGCAAGGACAUCAAAGCGUGCCAGCGACGCGGCGUCAAAGUCCUGCUCUCCAUCGGCGGUGGCGACGGGAGCUACGGCCUCUCGUCCCCCGGCGACGCCCGGCAGGUUGCCAUGUACCUUUGGAACAACUAUCUCGGUGGCGCGUCGUCGUCCGGUCCCCUCGGCAACGUCGCGCUUGACGGCAUCGACUUCGAUAUCGAGCUUGGCAGUGCCAAGUUCUGGAACAACCUCGCCAGGGACCUCAAGGAUUUGGGCAAAAACGGCAGCAAGACGGUGCUCCUGAGCGCGGCGCCGCAGUGCCCGUUCCCCGACGAGUGGGACGGCGGUGCGAUCAACACAGGGCUAUUCGACUUUGUUUGGGUGCAGUUUUACAACAACGAGGAAUGUCAGUUCAGUGCGGGGCGUAAGGCAUUCAUGGACGCGUGGAAGAAAUGGGAGUCGGUGCCGGCGGGGAAGAUCUUCCUGGGGCUUCCAGCCUCCAAGGACGCGGCGGGCACAGGGUUCGUCCCUGCCAGCGAGCUCACCUCGCGUGUGUUGCCGCUCAUCAAGGGCUCUCCGAAGUACGGUGGUGUCAUGCUGUGGUCUAAGUUCUAUGACGACCGUACGGGCUACAGCUCCGCCAUCAAGAGCGACGUGUGA